AUGAAAUGCAGGGGCCUUCGACAGAAGAAGCGUUUAUUUGCUCAAGUUGAACGAGGUAUUACCCAUUAUAGCAUAGUUCAAUCAAUACAAGCCCUUCAAGCAAUCUUGAAAUCAACAUGUUCAACACCAUCUGCGGUGUCUGUUGGCUCUCCGAGUCCAUCACCAUCGCCAUCAAAAGAUAAAGUUCUAAAACCAUCACAAGUAUUACUCUUCAUUUCUCUUCUUUUUCAACAAUUUGUUAUACUUACUUAUAUUCAACAAGAAAAUAUGCUCAAAUGGGCUGUUGUACGUCCUGAUACAAAUUCCGAUGCACAACUAUCUGUUCAACUACAUACACUAGAUGAAAUAUGUGAUCAACAAAUAUUUCCAUGUUUAGUUCGAUUAUAUACAGAAAAUUCAACAUUUGAUAACGACAAUUACUGUUUAUUAUUAACUGAAACAUGUGAUCCCUAUUUAGUUGUAUCAAAUGAAACCGAACGAUUUGCUGUACCAACGUCAUUUGAUGGUAAGUCUAUAUAA